AUGUCAAGAGAUCCCUCUGGCCCGGAUGACAUGGUCCCUACACAGCAUGAGGCAGAAACUGAGGAUACAUGUUCUCAGACUAGAGAAUUCACUGGAGAUAGCAACGGCUCCAAUAACAAUCAGGCUGCAAACGCUGAGAACCAUGCCCCCGCUUCUGCGGAGGACGGUCCAAACCCCGUCGGUCUGGACAACCCCAACAAUCCUUCUGCAGGUUGGUGGUUGCCUUAA